AUGACGAUUUGGACGCCGGCCCCCUGCGCCUCGACAAAUCCGGACCGUGACGACGCCAUGGGCCGCGACAUCUCGCUCGGGGCCCGCCCGGCCGCAUAUCCCGCAUCGGUGUCGCAGGUCGCUUUUAUGCUGGCGAACUUAAACGAGACGUCCUCAACAAAGUCCUCGGAGCCCCCUAUAAUGCACACUUUUGCCUUUUGA